AGGAGGCACAUCCUAGCCUACAUGCUGCUGGUGCCCCCUCCCUGCCCAUCAUCAUCAUCCUCCUCCUCAUCUUCACCAGCACACACUGCCUGCCCUACUCCUUCCAUGUAACCUCCUCUGGUUCUGGGGUCUCGCCUUGAAUGCAUCUGUCGGGGUGCAAGGGUAGAGGACAGACCACACAGCAUGCACUGGGGUGUUGGUCUAGUCUCCUCCAGGUCUUGUGUGGUUGAUCUGAGCCGGAAUCAGAGCUUCUCCCUGUGCUGGUGUAUAGGAUCAGAGGACAACUACUCCUUUUAUGGGGACAUCGUCGCUUUCCCAUUGCAGGAUUACGGUGGCGUUAUGUCAGGGCUGGGAUCUGACUCCUGGUGGAAGAAAACCCUCUACCUAACCGGAGGAGCCCUUCUGGCUGCUGCUGCAUAUCUCCUACAUGAGCUGCUGGCUAUCAGGAAAGAGCAAGAAGUUGAUUCCAAAGAUGCCAUUAUAUUACAUCAAUUUUCACGGCCAAACAACGGUGUACCUAGUUUAUCUCCAUUCUGCCUGAAGAUGGAAACUUAUCUUAGAAUGGCUGAUUUACCAUAUCAGAACUACUUUGAUGGGAAGCUGUCGCCUCAGGGGAAAAUGCCUUGGAUAGAAUACAACCAUACAAGAGUUUCUGGCACUGAGUUCAUUAUUGACUUUUUAGAGGAAAAACUUGGAGUCAAUUUGAACAAAAACCUCAAUCCACAUGAAAGAGCCAUUUCCAGAGCAGUCACUAAAAUGGUUGAGGAGCAUUUCUACUGGACAUUAGCCUAUUGCCAAUGGGUGGACAAUCUACACGAGACUCAGAAAAUGAUCUCCAUUCCUGGACCACUUAGUGACUUGUUGAAAUGGAUUUUGUGCCACCUUACAAAAGGCAUUGUGAAACGUGAAAUGUAUGGACAGGGUAUUGGGCGCUUCUCAGAGGAAGAGAUUUAUAGGUUAAUGGAGAAAGACAUGAGAUCACUAGCUGGACUUCUGGGUGAUAAAAAGUACCUCAUGGGACCAAAGUUUUCAACCUUAGAUGCUACUGUCUUUGGACAUUUGGCACAGGCAAUGUGGACCUUGCCAGGAACAAGACCAGAGAGACUAAUAAAAGGGGAACUUAUCAAUCUUGCCAUGUACUGUGAAAGAAUAAGAAGGAAAUUCUGGCCAGAGUGGCACGAUGACAAUGACAACUCAGUAUACGAAACCGAUGACAGCGGAGAAGACACCAAGACACACACUCCCCUGCAAGACUUCAGCUUUUAUUCAAGGACAGGAACUUUUGACGACGAGGGGACAGAAAACAGCAUUUCUCGAACGCCAGAUACUGAUUUUACAGGACAUUCGCUCUUUGACUCAGACUUGGAAAUGGAUGAAUUGACAGAUCAUGAGCAAUGCAAGUGAAGCACACAGCCUCUCUUUUGUGAGAGUCACUUGGUAGAACCCUGUCCUAACAUUAGUAUGACAGUCCAGGUUUUGCACACAUCAUUGGUCUAUAAAAGCCUUAUAUCUGUCAGGACAAUGCAACUAGAACAUACAGUCUGCUUUGUUAAAACAUGCACAGGUUGCUAAGAUGUUAAACAUUUGAAUAUUCCAUUAUUGUUGUGUGUUACCUGAUUUUUCAAUCUACGCCUUUAAAACUUGAUCAUAACUAUUCCGGAUGUCUCGCUACCAUUGGUGCCGGCAUUUAAGUGGUUAAUCGAGGAAUUCAACUUUUGUAGCUGAAGUGUCUAUAGCACCGUAGCCAAAAAUGUUAAACGAAACAAAGUCCUAUGAAUGUGAGUUCUGUCAGUAUGGUGAUCCAUAGUAAGUGUAUAGCUUGCACUAUUGUUGCUAUUACUGGGAAGACAUAUUAUUGUUGCAGUAGGUACCAUCAAUCCUAAUGCUGGUUUUAUGCACAUGUAUAUCAGUGUCUUAAAUCAUUGUUAGUUUUAUUUAUUUAUGUAUUUUUACUUAGGCUGGGUUCAAACAAACAAAAUCUUCAUCUGGAUCUCCUGAGGGUGGCCAUUGCCAACAGCAGUCAGUGCUAGGACCCUGUGGACUGCAUUGCCAUCCCCUUAGACGGCAAUGCCUUUCUGAGCGGAUCAUUCUUUUGUGGAUAUGCGCAGUCCUAGCGUCGACUGCUUUAGGGAUCUCCGGCAACAAUUCCAGGUGGAUAUUCUGUUUGUGUGAACCUAGAGACUCCUCCUCACAGUGGUCCACCUAGUACAUAGUAGAAUGUACUCACCGCUAGGUAUGUGUCUACAAGCCCAGAAGUCCGGGGUCACAGGGAGG